AUGCCAGAGCUGUGCGAUGGGCGUCUUGAUGAACUCCUGAAAGAAGCGGCUAGUCGCCUCGCGACGAAGCAGCCGCCACGGCCCAAGGAUUGCACCUUGAUUGCUAUGAAGGCCGCGCCUGCCAAUCCAACUCUGGAUUCAAAGGUGCAAGCCAAGGCACAAGACCCAAAGAGCGUUAUGCUUCGCGAUCCUAGGCCAGCGGAGAAGAAGACUGGCAAAGAUAAUGCUGGCCCGGGCUGGUUUGGCAUUCCCAAGACAGACCCUAACGACCCCGAGCUGAAGCGAGACCUUCAGAUUCUUCACAUGAGAGGAACCGCCAUCGAUUCUAAGCGACACUACAAGAAGGAAUCCCUCAAGGCCAAGGUACCUCGCUACGCUCAUGUUGGACGUAUUGUCGAGGGCCCGACCGAGUUCUACAGCGCUCGCUUGACACGCAAGGAGAGAACGCAGACACUGGUGGAUGAGUUGUUAAGCGCAGAAAAGGCGUCGGGCAAGUUCAGAUCCAAAUAUGAGGCGAUUCAAACGAAAAAGGCGAGCGGCAAAAAGGCCUUUUACAAAAAAGAAGAUGCGCGCUUCGACACUGUUGAGGCCAACCGCCCGCUGCCUGGCGCGGUCACAUUUACAGAGACGCCGCAAGCCUCAGUGAUGCAACCUUCGAAAGCUCCCGAACCAACGAGAAACUCGCAGGCUAUUAGCGAGUCUGACCCUGUUUUGAGGAACCUCGAAUUCUUCUCCGACUUUGCCCUUCGCGCAGCGUACUACCUGAAGCUCCCAGCAUUCGGCCCUGUGCCACUGCCUCGAAUUACUGAACGAUGGACGGUUCCCCGGAGUAGUUUCAUCUUCAAAAAGUCACAGGAGAACUUCGAGCGUAUAACGAUGCGUCGCCUUGUUCAAAUCCGCGACGGAAAUCCUGAGACGGUUCAAUUGUGGCUAGCUUUUCUCCAAAAGCACGCCUAUUACGGCAUUGGUAUGAAGGCCAACGUGUGGGACUUUGGAAAGCUUGGUGUCGGCAAGGCCAUGGAUGCCAUUGAUCCAGAGACGACUGAGGCGAUUGACUCGCGGUGGAACCAUCUGGGUCAAAACCGGGAACUUGAUACAGUCGAGAAAGUGGAGGAGUUUUUGGCUACAGUCCGGUUCGAUAAGGAUAGUGGCAAGCGAUCAGAGGGGGAGCGGCGGUUCCUCCAGACCCAAUGGAAGAAAGACGAGGCGGCCAAAAGGAAGGCAGCCUUAAACGUCUGA